UUGGCACGCCUUUCCCUUCCUCGCCCUUCUCCGCUGCUCGCUUUCGAGGCCCGGACCUUCCCUCCACCCGCAGUUCCGCCUUUCCCGUAAGGGGCAGAUUUCAUUCAUCCGCCGAGGCGACGGACGGUUGGCUCAGCGGACGAGGCGCAGCGCGGCGGAGCUCUCCCAGAAAUAAUUACACACAGACUGAAAAAAAAUGACAUCAAAUAAACCAGCGCCAGGCCCACCAGCUCCUGGCUACCCUGGAUCUGGAUAUCCUGGACCACAAGCACAAUACGGAUACCCUCAGUAUGCUGCAGGACCUGGUCAAUAUCCUCCUGGACCGGGCUUUGCAGCUGCUCCAGGUCAGCCUCCAUAUACAUUCCAGGGGUAUCCAGGACCUUAUGGGGCUCCCCCUGUUCAGGGUCAGCCUGAUGGUGCUCCUGGUGCAAUGUGGAUGCCGCCGCCACCUCCACCUCCCAACUGUCCCCCAGGUUUGGAAUAUCUAACCCAGAUCGAUCAGAUAUUAAUUCAUCAGCAGCUUGAACUCCUGGAAAUUAUCACUGGCUUUGAAACAUGCAACAAAUAUGAAAUAAAAAAUGCUAUGGGUCAAAAGGUGUAUUUUGCUGCUGAGGAGAAUGACUGCUGUACACGCAACUGCUGUGGACCAUCACGACCCUUCACAAUGAAAAUCAUGGAUAAUCUAGGCCAAGAAGUCAUAGAACUCACACGACCUUUGAGAUGCUCCAGUUGUUGCUGUCCUUGCUGCUUACAAGAGCUUGAAGUUCAUGCCCCCCCAGGCACGCCAGUUGGAUAUAUUAAACAGCUCUGGGAUCCUUGUUUGCCUAAAUUCACCAUACAGAAUGAAGCCAAAGAAGAUAUCCUGAAAAUUGUUGGACCCUGUAUAGUGUGCAGCUGUUGUGAAGAUAUUAAUUUUGAGGUAAAGUCAACAGAUGAGAAGAACACAGUUGGCAGAAUUUCUAAGCAGUGGACUGGCUUUGUGAAAGAAGCUUUUACUGAUGCAGACAACUUCGGAAUCCAGUUCCCAUUGGACCUUGAUGUUAAAAUGAAAGCUGUCAUGCUUGGGGCUUGCUUCCUUAUAGAUUUCAUGUUUUUUGAACAUGGACAAAACCGACAGCAACGAGCUGGGGUCUGGUAACAACUGGGUUGUGCAUUGUAAAUAUUUCAGAGGCGGCCCUUGCAUUACUUCUGUCUUUGUCUGGCUAAAGUGGAAAGUGAAAGAUUUUCUUAAAAUUCUUAUGCCGGAAUCAUAGAUGCACUGCUUGAACCUAUAUUGCUGGAAUGUUAUGUAGGAGAAAAUAAUGAAUAACACAGUGAAAUGUAUGCCUAUUUAUUUUAUUAUAUUAUAGAUGUGUAAAAUGUAUACAUAAUAGAGUGAAAACUCUCCCCAUUCGUGUCUGGUGUUUUGAAUGGCAGCAUGGCAUGUGUUUGGGGGGGGGAGGGUUGGAAGGUAUCAUGUGCCUUAUGAUUUUUAAGGAAGACUGUGCUUUGUGAUUUUUAAGGAAGACUGUGCCUUGUGAUUUUUAACCAUAUGCCUAUGCAUAUGGUCUAUAUGGUGUAUAAGCUAUUAAUAUCAAGCAAACUUCAAAGAUA